AAAAACCGGGCCGGUGUCUACCUCUAAAAAGAAACAUCUUCCUUUGGUAAAUAGAGUUCGAUUAAGAAAGAGAAUCGCCUGAAAAUAUGUUUUAAAAGGGACAAAAAUAAAAACUGAAAACACUAAUUGUACUGUAUGUGACCUCCUUGUUGUUGUUUUAUUGGCCUUUCUACUGGUAAGCGCUCUGGGAUAUCUUUCAUGAAAGGAGCUAUAUAAAUUAAAUAAUUAAAUUAAUUAAAUAUUAUUAUUAUUAUGAACCUGGGGAGGCAGCAGCAGCAGCUGUGUAUUUGCUGUGCAUUACCAAACAAAGGUAUGUCUGCUAAUAAAUCAUACAAAAGAACAGAAGAACCUGUCUUUGCUUUUUGGUUUCCUUGUUUGAUAUUUUCCAUUUCAGAACACAGAACUUGGGACCGAUCCAGACCAGCGGCACCAAUCGGGGAGCAAAAACCAUGGCAGGAAAAAAGCAGACCAGUAUUAGCAGCUUUUUAAAGAAAAGACCAAAGUGCUCUGGUGCGGAGGUAUCAAGAUCACAAGCAGAGAGGCUGGACCCCACAGAGCAGGGAGCUACAGCCAGCCCUGCACCGGAUAUUAAACCUGAGACUGAAGAGACACCACUUUGCACGGAUGACGGGGAAUCUCCUCCAUCCAAACGGACCAGAAGCCAGACCAAGGGAUCGUUCACAAUUCGUCUUCCAGACAAUUCUUUAAGCGAAGAAAGCUUUUAUGAUGACGAAACCCUGUCGGAUGUCUUGAACAAAAAUUUGACGUUAGAUAAGCUGAAGAGUAGCAAAAAGAGAAACCAGCUGCUGAUCACUGGGCAGAGAUUCUUGACUGGAAUUGUUCCUCUCCACCUGCCCUGCAGUUUUAUAACCAACCAAGAGUGUUUUAAAAUUGAAUUAAUUGCAGGCGAGGAAGGGAGUAGUCGGGGUAGGGAUCCAAACACACCUCAAAGAGCAAAACACAUAGUUUUUUACAUAGAGCACAAAGGAAGAGGAAACAGAAAAAUCGUGAAAAACAAUCACGUUAACAAACAGGGUGGAAAGCUGUGCGUUUAUGCCUUUAAGGGGGAGACGGUUCUGCAGGCUUUGCACAGGGAUGGCAGAUUUGAGGACGUGGUUUUCAAAAAGAGGUGUCAACUGAGUGAAGUUGAUACUAAUAGAAAUAUUGAAAUGCAUGUUUCUGUGGAUAUUAUUAUUAUUAUUAUUAUUUAUUUCUUAGCAGACGCCCUUAUCCAGGGCGACUUACAAUUGUUACAAGAUAUCACAUUAUACAGAUAUCACAUUAUUUUUAAGAUGGAUAAGAGGAAGUCCACACUGAUUGUUUCAAAUGAAGAUGCACCAGACAGUCAGCAGGUGCUCUGUAACACAGGGCUGAGCAAUAAGCCUACUGCUGAUCAUCAGGUUCCCAGUAUAGCUACUGGUGAACCUCAAUCUACCAGUACAACUGCUGGCGAUUCACAGCCUCCCAGUUCAGGUAAUGGGGAUUCCCAACCUGCCAGAAGAGCUAGAGGUACAGGUAAAGUAUACCGCCUACCUGACACUGAAGAAGUGUGCAUGAUCCUCAGAUCUCAAAUGGAUGAUCUUAUUAAGUUAAAGAAAGAAAGAAAGAAAGAGACCAAAGAUAAUCGACCGAUCAGGGAGCUGCUGAGACAGGAGUUUGGUAAAAACACAGAGAUAUUUACUGAGAUUCACACCAUAAGAAGGCAGACCGAACUCAGUGAAUCUGUCUGCUUCAUCACUGUACCAGCAAGAGAUGGCACAGUAGCUGAGGGCACAGGUUUCCAUUUCAUUAGGAAUGGCAUUUUAACAUGUGCCCACGUCUUGGAUAAAUGCAUGAUAAACUCACAAUAUGAGCCAGAGCUCAUUACAAAAGUUUCUGUAACCUUUAAAUAUGAAAAGCUAAUAAAGGCUGAGUGUGAGGUUUUCUAUGUAAAGCAGAUAGUUGCUUAUGACAGAAGCAUUGACUAUGCUUUACUCGAGCUUGAUCUAUCCCAGGAGCACCCUCCACUCCCCCCAGCGCUGAUUGAUAUACUUGCCGUUCCUCAGACAAGUGGAGGGAUUUGUAUCAUUGGUCACCCAGAAGGUAGAGUAAAGUUAAUUGAUCUGUGUUCCAUUAUAAAGGCUGAGAACUGCAAAGCCAAAGCACAAGAGCACAUUGCCUGCCAUUCUAAAACACUAGAUAAAAUCGAAAAUGAAAGAUUUUAUCAGGCACUUAGCGUCUACUCUUUUGAGAUGCUGCAAGACAGAAGGCUAUUGUUUUACGACACCUGUUUUUACGAUGGCUCUUCUGGGUCUCCGGUCUUCAAUGCCCAACAUCAGCCGGUAGCCAUGCAACAGGGAGGGUAUGCAUACAAACUGGACGGGGGGGGGGAAAAACAGAAAGUGUGA